AUGUGUGGUUAUCACAACCAUGAUUUAGCAGAAACAUUAGUGGGUCAUUCAUAUGCUGGUCGAUUGAGUGCUGAAGAGAAGUCUUUAGUUGGUGAAAUGACAAAGAACAUGGUAAAGCCAAGAAACAUACUACUUACAUUGAAAGAUCGUAAUGUGCAUAAUCUUAGUACUAUUAGACACAUUUACAAUUAUCGACAAGCUUAUCGAUCCUCUAUGAAAGGUUCUAGAACAGAAAUGCAACAUCUGUUGAAAUUAUUAGAACGUGAUAAAUAUGUGUAUUGGUAUAGAAAGGUGGAUAAUUUUGAUGUUAUCAAAGAUAUAUUUUGGUCACAUCCAGACUCCAUUAAACUUUUUGGUACUUUUCAUACUAUUUUACUCAUAGAUAGUACUUAUAAAACCAACAGAUAUGGGUUAUCAUUACUUGAGAUUGUUGGUGUCACUUCAACAAAGUUAACAUUCUCUAUGGCAUUUGCUUAUGUGAUGUCUGAGCGAGUUGAUAACUUCACUUGGGCACUACAAAAGUUAAAAGGAUUGAUUACUAAUGACAAUGAUACACCACAAGUGAUUGUAACAGAUAGAGACCUUGGUAUGAUGAAGGCCUUACAAAUGAUAUUUCCUAGCUCUACUAAUUUGUUAUGUCGUUUUCACAUCAACAAGAAUGUGAAGGCUAAAUGCAAGAUGGUAGUUUAUCCAAAGGAGAAAUGGGACUUAGUAAUGGAUGCAUGGGAUGAUGUUGUGAAUUCUUCUAAUGAGGAUCAAUAUGUGCAACGUUUGACAUUAUUUGAGAAGGUUUGCUCAAAUUUUCCUAUUUUCAAUGAUUAUGUGAGAGAUUCAUGGUUGAUUCCGCACAAGGAAAAAUUUGUCACUGCAUGGACAAAUAAGGUGAUGCAUUUGGGUAACACAACAACCAAUAGGGUUGAGGCUGCACAUUGGAGGUUGAAGAUGUUUCUUCAACAUAGUAGAGGGAAUAUGUGUAAUUGUUGGGAUGCUAUGAAUAACAUGAUUACACUACAACACACAGAGAUUAAGUCAUCAUUCGAGAAAAGUAUAAAUGUAGUGGAACAUAGACACAAUAAUUCAUUUUACAUUAAGUUGCGUGGAUUUGUAUCGAGGAACGCAUUAAGUCAUAUAGCUUACCAAUAUGAUCGGGUUAAGACCAUUGGUAUUGACAGUUCUAUAUGUGGUUGCACAAUUCGAACUACACAUGGUUUACCUUGCGCAUGUGAGCUUGCUAGAUACAGUACAAUGUGUCAACCAAUUCCCUUAGAUACAAUUCAUAGUCAUUGGAAGAGGUUAAAUUUUGGUGACCAAGGGAAAAACCAUGAAGGUAACGUGUUAUCACUGCAACCUUAUAUAGAUGCUUUGCUAAAGCGAUUUAUGGAAGUUGAUAAUGUUGGAAAAGUAACUAUACUUGAAAAAUUGCGUGAGCUAGCAUUUCCUGAUACAACUUCAUUGUAUCCACCUCCUGAAAAGGUAAAAACAAAGGGUGCACCAAAGGGUUCAGGGUCAAAGAGAGAUAGAUCAACUAAGCGUGAUCCUUCUUUUUGGGAGCAUGUUGAUGCAGUAGUUUCUAUCCAUGAUAGCACAUCAACUCACCCUUCAUCUUAUAAAUCAACCCAUGAUUCUAAACGUAGGAAAGUUUUACCAUUUAUGGACUCUUUUCCGAUUGAGCUUCAUCCAUUUAUUGAAGAUAUUAUUGAUGUUAAAGCGGAUGGAAAUUGUGGUUAUCGUGCAGUUGCAGCACAACUUGGUAUGGGUGAGGAAUCAUGGUCUCUAGUUCGUCAAGAUUUAAUUAAAGAGCUUCAACAGUGGAAGGAUGAUUACGUCGAACUCUUUGGUAGUGUUAGCCGAGUGGAUGUAAUGAGACAAUCUUUGUAUGUUGAUACACAUGCAUCUGUUGAUAAGUGGAUGACCUUACCAGAUAUGGGUUAUGUAAUUGCCUCAAGAUAUAAAGUGGUUCUCGUCACUUUAUCCUCACAACAAAGUAUGACAUUUUUUCCUCUUAGAGGAUCUCCUCCAUUAUCCAAGUCAAGUCACCGACUUAUUACUAUUGGGUUUGUAAGUAAUUGUCAUUUCGUGCAGGUUAUUUUGAAGGCCGAAGCUGCAUUACCUCCCAUUGCUUUGCAAUGGUCCAGAUAUUGCAAAGUUGAAUCUCGUUUUUGGCAAACUCCAUAUAUUAGUCGUAUGCAACAGAAAAACAAAGACCUUUUGGCGUGGUGGUCGGCCGAUAUGCCAGGGAUCGACCCCAAUUUCUUAUGCCACAAACUCUCAGUGUGCCGAGAGGCGAAACCGGUUGCCCAACAAAAACGAAAGACGGGGGAAGAGAGGAAGAAGGCAAUUGAAGCAGAGGUAUCCAAGCUCAUGGAAGCGGGUUUUAUCUAA